GCUAAUUUGUAAACAAAACAAGUGUGGUUUACGAAUUUAGCGUUGUACUUAAGCUUAAGUUGAAAAUGUUAUGUUGUGCGUUUAUGUAACCUUACAAUGAGUUUUAGUUUAGAUGAUCCUUUAGCGGGAAUUCUUAGUGAUGGCAGUGAUGAUAGUUUCUUCGAUGAUGAUAUUCUGGGAAAGAAAAAACCUGUCAAGAAGAAAACGACACCCUUAGCAGAAAAGAAGAGCGCAUUGUUUGAUUUGGGUACUACCGAUAAAUCGAAGCCAAUAUCGGAAGACAAAAAUGAAUUUCCGCCUUCUGAUUUUAAACCGGAUAAACCUAAACCUCAGUCCCCUGCUACAUUUAGGAGAACGGCAUCCAAAGAAUCAAUUAAACUGCAGCCAUCCGAUUCUAAAAGCAAAUUUGAUUUUGAGAAACUAGCCCCUGGUAAAUCGCCGGCAAAAACUAGACCCAGGACUAGCGGGGAGUCGAUAGAUAUCCUGGGUGACCUUAUCCCGGAAACGAAAAAAGAAGCAGGCAAAUCUUUAGAGAGAGGAAAAAGUUCACAGUCUCUGUUAGACGAUAUCCUCGGAGGGUCUUCUACUAAAACUGGCUCUAGUCAGGCAGCACGACCAGCCACCGCUGCGAAAAGUCAAGAUUUUGAUUUUGAUUCGUUUCUAGGAAAGAGUGAAUCUAAGCAGACGGUAUCAUCUACGAAAACGACAAUUCAAAAGCCUGCCGUAAAAGAAACUGCCGUUAAAAAAGAACCUCAGAAGAAAUCAAAAGGCAACGAAGACUGGUUGGGUAUUUUUCAGAAAGAGGAAGAUGAAGCAGAAGAUGAGACUGAUAUGCCAUCUUGGCUGGCUGGUGGGGAUACCAAGAAGAAGAAACCAGUGAAAAGCGAAGACAAACCAGCACCUAAAGCGAAACAAACUGUUGAAGAGAAACCCGAAACCGAUCCGGUUAUUGUUAAAGAAUCUGAACACUACCCUCAAUUUGAUUCAAAAUUGGAACAGUUGUCUAAGAUGGCGGCGAGUAACAGCGUACUGCAGGGUAGCAAUGAAGAUAUAACGGCUGAAGGAGCGGCGUUGUAUAUGCAGCAACAGGAGGCGCAACUAAUGGUUGCUUUGCAGCUUAAAGCUCAAGAAGAAAAAUUGGCUGCCAUGCAAAUGCGUCAGCAAGAAACGCAACGCAUCCAACGCGAGGCGGCGCUCGCGCACCAUGCACAAUUUGACGCCAUGUUAGCGCGGCAAGCGGAGCACCGAAGGCAAAUGCAAGCUGUUAUUGCCGCACAUCAGGACCGCAUUACGCAACGGAUACAGGCUAUGUUAGGACCAGCAGACACAAACCCUGAAGGCACAGAAAUGCCUGAACACGUACAAGGUCCAACAGAGCGCCAAGAGAGUCCACAUUCGAAAGAGAAGAAGCAGCUGCUGCAACUCGUGCAGUCGCUGCAGGAGAACCAUGAUAAGGAGAUCGAUCUUAUGGAGACUUCUUACAGACGCCAACUAGCUUUCUUAGAGAUAUCCCUUAGCCAGUCCGAAGAGCGAAUGAAAGACGAGAGCGACAAGCUAAUAAAAUUUUAUUCAGAGAAAAUCAAUUGGCUUGAAGAGCACCAUACGCUUUACAAAAAACUUGUAGAGGAGAAUUUGAAUUCUCUGACAGAUCGGUAUAAGGCUGAAACUGAAAUAUUGAGACAACAACAUGUGGACAAUGUUCGUGUGUUACAGGAACAUCAUGCGUCUCUGAUGGAGAAUAUCAAAAACGCCGUUAAACAAGAACAGUUGUUAAUUCAGGAUUCAGCUGGAUUUUCGUCCAACUUGCAAGAGCUAGUAACAGACGUCAAGAAAAGCAAAACCCAAUGCAUUGCCCUUGUCGAAAAGAUUCAAACUUUGGCAGAAAACUCUAAACAUGACAAUGAAAAGAGUUUACAGAUCAGAGAAACGCAGAUUAAUGAAAUGAUACAGCAGUUGAAAAAGGAAAGAGAAAACUUUGAUGCUGAAAAGUCAGAGAGUAGAGAUAUGGUUAAAAUGUUAGAAACAAGAUUAAAGCAAAUGACAACGAUGAUAGAAGAUGAAACAGCUUCAUUAAAACAAAAGAAAAUGGAGUUCGAAUUUGAAAAGGCGACAUUUAGCAAACAAACAGAAUUUGCUAAGAAUGUCCUUAAACGACAGGACGAAGAAAUUAAGAUGCUGAAAGAAGAUAUCCAAAAGGAAUACAGAGAGAAGAUAGCUAAAAUUGAAGAAGAUAAACAAAAAGCUCUAAAAGAUGUUGCUUUGGUUGCUAAAGAAAAGGCUUCAACGCAAAGUCUCAAACAAGAAAUAGAAAAAUUAAAGACUGAUCUUCAAGCUCAACUAGAAGAAGUUACUGAAGAAAGAUCCAGGUUGAAUAUAGAAAAGCAGCAAAUGCAUAUGGAGGAGCAAAGGAUAUUGGCAAAGAGUCGAGAUUUGGAUCUUCUAGCCAAGACAGCAAUAGAAAAACAAUCACAGGCUGAUAAAAAAUAUUCCGAAGCGGAAUUCAUUCAAAGAAAAUAUGAAGAAAGGAUACGUAGAAUCCAAGAACAUGUAGUUUCUUUAAAUAACAGAGAGAAACAGAUAGCAAAAGAAAAAGUAGCUCUUUCGAGAGAAAGAUUAAACUUGCAUAACGAAAGAAAGCAAAUGGAGGGAAAACAGCAAUGUUCUCUUUGUAAAUCUGUACAAAGUGCCCCGCAGUAUAAUUUUGAUUCUUCAUAUUUGCCAGAAACUAGAGAUUUUGGGAAUACGCAGAUGACUUCGGCCAUGGCAGCGAUUGAACAAGAAAUGGCGCAUUUGAUGGGACAGAGUUUUAGCCUCAGACAUACUCCUGGUUUGAAUAUUAAUCGAGAAGAUCGGGAAAAUGCAAACGAAGAUAGAAAUGCAGAUGAAAAUGUACAGGCAACUGAAGUAGAACCAGGGACAUUCAAGGACUACAUGGACCCCAAAUUUAUGAUGCUGCGUUUAGAUGUCCAACAAGUAAUAAGUAAUUUAGAUCAAAAUAAGACUGAUCAAGUUGGGCCCACAGAAAACGACCAACAAGAAGAAUAAGUUGAUGUAAGCAGAACUUUAUUAUUGUGAACUAAUUGAAAUAAAAGACUGAAUUUUAUA